AUGGCGUCAAUAGAGAAAUGGAUUGACCCAAAGAUAAAAGAGGGUGACAUUACUUAUCUUAAAUACGAGGAAUUCAGUAAUAUUAAAUAUAUUACUGAAGGAGCAUUUGGAAAAAUAGACAGAGCUCACUGGAAUAAUGGCGACAUAAUAGUCGCGUUAAAAUCGUUAAAAUCUAUUUCAACAAAGUCUGAUAUCGAAGAACAAACAUUUCUUAAAGAGUUAAGAAUCUUACGAAAAGUCAGUUCCCAUCCUAACGUAAAUAGAUUUUUCGGGAUCACAAAAGCAUUAGAUGAAAUUAUUUGUGCUUAUUUAAACGAUCAUAAACUUGGAUUGAAAAGUUUCAAUGAUACAUUAGAAAAAUAUGAGUCACAAUCACAUGACAUCUUCGACCAUCUAUUUAAUAAUAAAUCAAUAAAGCAUUAUGAAGUAAUGGUUGGAGUAUUUUAUGGAAGAGGUUUUGGAACAGAAAAAGAUGAAGCAAAAUGUAAAGAUUGGAUUACAAAAGCAAGUGAAAAUAAUGAUAUUAAUGGACAUCAUGAACUUGCAGGAUGUUAUUAUUUCUUUAAGGAAAAAUAUGAAGAAGCAGUGAAAUAUUAUCAGC